AUGAUAUCAAUUAAGACGUUUUUCUUGAUAUACUUAUUCGGAGGAAUAACGUUUAUUCCGAUUUGCGUGUUUAUCGUCUUUUACCUACUAAGCAAACCCGUCUCCGAUGUUGAUGAGAAGGAAAAUGACACACUACUUGUAGAUGUUGAUCCUGACUUUGAAGUUGGGGAUUUCAACGAAUUGAAAGGUGUUGCAGCUAAGAAGGAAGGAUGGAUUCAUAUGACAAGACAGUUUUACCCACACCAGAGUGAUGUGGACAACCAAAGCCAAGUAGACGGAUCAGACGAGACAGACAGUAGCAUAAACUUGACUUCAUCGGAACAGCAAAUUACCAGAGACAAAUUAAAGAAGAAAGACAAGUUUUAUGCCGUGUUGAAACAUGGGAAUUUGUUUCUAUACAAGGACAAUUCCCCUGGUGCGGGGCCUCAGCAAGUCAUUGUGUUGAACGAUGCUUUCAUAUCUAUAUGGCCAAGAACUAUAUCUCCCCAAGACAAUACACCAAUCAGCGAUGGCUCCUUGUUUACAAAGAAAACUUGUAUUUCCAUCUGGAAGAAGCAUACUGCUUACUUGAGCGAAUCAGGCGAGGUUCAGUUUAGGAAAGGGGGUCCUUCAGACCAAUUUUUUAUCUAUCUCGAUCUGAAUACUGAUAAAGAGGAUUGGUAUUUUGCUUUGAUUCAGGCUACAAAACUUUCCAACUCCUCUUUUGGAACAUCGGCAUCAACUACAAAUCUUGAAGUAGAUAAAGCACUUUCCGCAGAAUACUUCGCUCAAACAGCACAUUUCAAGACCAAAGAUAUGCUGCAGUUGAUUCAGACAUUGAACUCUACAGAAGGCCAACACUCGUCUCAGUGGUUUAAUGCACUCUUGGGAAGACUGUUUCUCUCCUUCCAACAUACAGAAACUUUAUCGAAUGCUUUGAAGGAACGGAUAUAUAAGAAAUUAAGGAAGAUCAACAAACCAGGGUUACUUGAUGACUUUAGCAUAGAAACAGUUGAUGUUGGUAAUGGUGCACCUCUGAUAACUAACGCGAAGCUAUUAGAUCUCACCCCAGAGGGUCUAACUAGAGUCUCCUUUGACCUUUUGUACACAGGUCAUUUACACUUGAUAAUUGCAACGAAGGUAAAUAUAAAUCUUGGUUCGAGGUUUAAGAAACGUGAGAUGGAUAUAAAGCUUUCAAUUACAGCCAAGAAAGUUGAAGGACCAGUUGUUAUUCUCGUUAAACCUCCUCCAUCAAAUAGAUUGUGGUACGCUUUCCAAUCAGAACCCUUACUCGAUAUUGACGUCGAACCAGUUCUUAGUACCAGACAGCUUUCCAAUAACAUGGUAACAAAUAUGAUUAAAUCGAAGUUCAAGGAGGCUAUCAAAGAGUCUAUUGUUCUUCCUUACAUGGAUGACAUGGUAUACUAUACGACUACCUCGGAAAUAUACAGAGGAGGAAUUUGGAAACGCCCAGAAACAGAAACAGAUACAAAGGAGAAUAUCAACCUUGAAGAGUUGAAAACUCAAACUGCCCAUAGCAGUGGAUUUUCAGUUAAGGAAGAGAAUGAUUACUCUCAGAAUGUUGAACAACAGGAUGAAAAACCACAGAAUAAUUUCGUGCCAUCAUCCCCAACUACAGACAAUAAUGAAACUUCUUUUACCAACAUCAUCGAGCCAGAGAUUCCUCGCAGAUCAGGCGAAAAUCUAAAAGCCUUCUUGAAGAAUAGAAGCAACGAUGAUUCCAACCUCUCAUUGAGAUCUAAGUCCUCUUCAGAUUCCAUUAAUUCUAAUACUACCAAGCGUUAUCUACAAACGGGUAUGAAGAAAAUCGGAAGGUGGUAUAAGGAUCAAGUUACUACGGUUAAAGAAUCACUGAACGAUGAUAGUAAAGACUAUUCAGAUCGUGGCGAUCUUCGUGCACUAGAUUUCAAACAAGAAGUCGUUGAAGAAACCAGCUUUAUAGAGAAAGAUGUAAAAGUGCAGGAAUCGACUAAUAAUCAUUUGGAGUUAGAUACUGGUCUUAGAGUUGAAUCGAACCACAAAACAACAGGGAAACCAUCUUCACCAGAAAUGAUUUCGAGUAGAAGAAUGCCAAGGAGCAAAACGUCAUCUAUUGACAGUACCAAAGCGGAAAAUUACACAAAACAACACAACGAAUUACACAAGGGUGAUAUGUUCGUGAAUAGAAGCAGGGCCAGGUCUACAUCAGGAUCUUUCGGCCCAACGUCCCCCAUCCCAGAUUCUUUCAGACGGCGCGAAGAUAGUUUCUCAUUCUCGAACAAUGAAAACCUCAACCCUCAGACUGCAACACCUCACAACAUUCCCGAGGAAGUUAAUAUUGUCUUUACACCUGCUAGUCCUAAAAAGAAGAACAAAAGACCCCCACCCCCACCUUUACUUUCAAGCUAA